CAGGGCAGCGGCAGGCAGACGGCGUCGGGUGAGGAGCGCUCGCCCCGCGCGCCAGCCGCCGGCAGCCCGGCGCAGAACGAAGCACGAGCGCUCCACGCUGCCGCCGGCUUCCCUCCCACCACAUCAACACCGCAACACACAAGCUCAACAUGGCACCCAUCCCCGCCAACUCGACCGUGCUCGUCAGCGGCGCCUCGGGCUUCGUCGCCGCGUGGUGCUGCCGCGUGCUGCUGCAGCGCGGCCACCGCGUUCGCGGCGCGUGCCGCAGCGAGGAGAAGGCGCAGUACCUGCAGCAGCUCUUCGACCGCGACUUCCCCGGCCAGUUCGAGACCGUCAUGGCCGACGACCUCGAGACGCCUGGCGUGUUCGACGAGGCUGUGAAGGGCGUUGACGGCGUGCUGCACACGGCCUCACCGUUCCACUUCAACACCGACGGCAAGGCGAUCACCGCCCUCAUCAACCCAGCGCUCAAGGGCACGGAGAACAUGCUGCAGUCGUGCCUCAAGCACGGCGACAAGCUCAAGCGCGUCGUCAUCACGAGCUCGUUCGCCGCUAUCCUCGACACGGCCAAGCCCGUGCCGCAGCAGUACACCGAGGAGGACUGGAACGAGACGUCGGUCAAAGAGACCGAGCGCGACGGCGAGGCGCAGGAGCCGGUCUCCAGCUACAGGAGUAGUAAGACCCAGGCAGAACGUGCUGCCUGGGCGUUCGUCGAGCGCGAGCAGCCGAGCUGGGAUCUCGCCACCAUCAACCCGCCGUACAUUAUCGGCCCCCCGAUCCACCCGUGUGCCAGCGCCGAGAAGCUCAACACCAGCUCCAAGACGUGCUGGGACAUUCUGCACGGCGCCAAGAAGGAGGACGACAUGCCCGGCUUGCUCGGCUGCGUUGUCGAUGUGCGCAACGUGGCGGACGCGCACGUUAUGGCACUGCUGCACACCGAGGCUGGCGGUCACCGCUUCGCACCCACCAUCGGUGAGUUGCGCAGCCCAUCGCCGCAGCCUCGCUCCGCUGACACCACCGCAGGCAAGUGGACGCUGCAGGACGUCGCCGACAUCGUGCACUCCAGCGCGCGCAUCCCCGCCGAGUGGCGCGGCAACGUGCCCACGGGCAAGCCGCAGACGGGCGGCGCCGUCGUGCAGAACGGCCUCAGCGGCGAGAAGACGGCCAAGGUGCUCGGCGUGCAAUACCACACGCUGCAGAACACCUUCGAGGCCACUGCCAUCGCGCUGAAGGACUACGAGAAGCGCAACUGGCAGGGCCUGCCCGACCCCAGCAUCUUCGAGCUGCACUGAGCCACCCGCGCAAGCUCGUGCAAACACAGUGACCCACGCCUGGCACUCCUCGCCGGUCGAGACGAAGCAGUAGCAAUACCAUCGAGUGACCCAUCGAGUCUGAGCAGGCCCGGAGGUGCCUCAGUACGGCAGCUCCUGGUCUUCAUCGACUCAUCCGCAGCCAUAGGAUCUAUUGAGACAUGUAUAGCA